AUGACUGACCGAGUCACAAAGCCCCGAGCAAGAAAGAAGAAAGCAGUGACCGAAUCCAACGUCGUGGUCCCCAUACAAGAAGAUAACGCUUCGGCAACAACGCCAUCUACUCGGAUAGACUCAGCGUUGACGACGAAGUCAGAACCUUCUGAUUCAGAAAUGUUGCUUCACAAUGUGCCUUUAUCAGCGACGUCAAGCAACGGCGACGACGUAUUGCCACCAGAAGCAGAAAAAGCAAUCGCGACAAUACGAUACCAGUAUAGAGCGCCCCAGCUAUAUCAGCCUUCUAAGAUCCAGGGUGAUGCGCUGGACAUGGCCUUUCUUCUACACUUCGUCGAGAUGAACCAGAACACUCAGUCCUACACACCCGAGAUACCUUGGAUCACUCACCUGCCAGUAAUACACAGCAAGGCAGUCAAACCUGCAGUGAAAUUAUCGAUACGGGCAGCGUCUAUGGCCUUCUUCGCUAAGAUACAUCAUGAUCCCGCCAUACUGGUAGAUUCAUACCGGUGGUACACGGUUUCACUAAAUGCACAAAGGAUGUCCCUGUCCCGACUGAAUGGCCCCAAUCGGAUACCAGACGACGAGGAAAUCUUAGUUCCCAUAAUACUGGGGCUAUACGAAGUUUAUGCCGGCACAACAUCCAACAGUGUGCUGCAUCACGUAGCUGCAGCGUGCGAGAUCAUCAAGAUGCGCGGGCCUGAGAACUGCAAGUCUGGUGCGGUAUGGCCAAUGUUCAAGGCCAUGCGAGUCUCUGACGCCCAAAAAGCCCUCAUUCUGAACAAACCCUCCGUUUUCGCAUUACCAGACUGGAUGACCAUUCCCUUCGUCAACAUGCCCCGCAAUGCACACCACGACCUCGCAGACAUCAUGCUCAUGAUCCCCGACUGCACCAGCCUAUGCGGCAUCAACGGCAGCUUACGAACCUUCUUCAACUCGCCCUUCCCACAAAGCGUGGAUCUGGAGCCCUGCCGCAAGCGCACCAGAGAACUCAUUGAAGACCUGAACGGGUGGGCAGCAGCAUAUCCUUACCUCGCCAAACCAUCCUCAGGUCUCCAAGUCGUGGAGGCGAACAUGGCGAAUCUGUCAGUUAGUGGCGUGAAACCUGCGUUCGAAGGCUCGAGAGAUGUUGUUCUUCCGGACUCUUUUGUCGCGCUUACAAUCGCGACGUUCGAGUGUGUCCAGCUUACUCUCACACUCCUGCUGCAUAAACUCAACAGCCAGGACCCGCAGCUGUAUGAAGCGAAUACACGAUCGUCACCCUCCUUGUCAUCGUCAUCGUCACCGUCACCGUCGAGUUCAGCGCUCUUCGAUCGGGCUGUACGAUCCGCAGAGAUCAUUUUGAAGACGGCGGGUCAUUUGGAAGGCACGAAGACUGUCGGGUUUGACUUCAUCAGAAGUGUGACGCCGGUCGUGGUUGUGGCUAUUCUUGGGCCGACGGAAGAAUUGACGGGUAACGCAAUGGCGAUGCUGAAGAGGUGGGGAGAGAAGAAGGGAAUGAAUGGGCUGGUUGGGGCGUGGAUGCAUUUGUGA